CCGCCAGCCCGCGCUCGCAGUCGCUCGGUCCACACGCUCGACGCCGCGUGCUCGGAGCUUCAGUCCUAUCUUACACCCUAUCGAUCGCAUUCAUUUACAAUGUUUUGGCGACGGAUAGUAUAAAUGGUGCCUACCGUGCCCUGAAACCGCAUACGAACAUUUUAUUACCUACUUUUCAUACAAGAAGUUACUAUUCUACCAGUUUCGCAAUCUCGCCAGUGAAAGUUGUAGUUGCGGUUGUUUUCAUUUUAGAAUAUUUUUACUUUUCAACAACAUGAAGGAUAAGAAAAAAAGUGAUGGAGCUCACGAGUCCAUGCUCAGCGACGAGCACAAGCCGCAAAUCACAAAGAAAGAAACCAGGAAACAGGACGACUAUGAUGCUCUACAAAGCUUUCUUCGCAGCAUCAGCUCUACGGCCACUCUCCCGCCCUACGUCAAGGGCGAGACUUACUCCUCCUACAGAGGUGUUUUUAACCAGUGUCUUAUAACAUCGGCUGUGCUGAUCCUGGCGGCGGGAGCGGGCCACCCCAUCGGCUUCUCAGCCGUGGCGCUGCCCCAGCUAAGGGACGAAAACUCCACCAUGAGGAUAGACGACGAAAUGGGAUCUUGGAUAGCCAGUAUACACUCAGCGGCGACGCCGCUAGGGUCAAUGCUGUCAGGGCCAAUAAUGGAGGCGAUAGGCCGGCGGCGGACGCUGCAGGCCUGCGUGUUGCCACUCAUCGUGGGCUGGGUCAUAAUCGGCACGUCGGUGCACCACGCCGUUCUGCUGCUCGGUCGCAUCAUAUGCGGGUUCGCUGUGGGCAUCAUGGCCGCGCCUUCACAAGUGUACUUAGGAGAGAUCUCAGAGCCAAGACUGCGAGGUAUUCUCAUCGGGACGCCGUUUGUGGCUUACUCCCUCGGAGUUCUAUACGUGUAUGCCUUGGGAGGCGCCCUGCCGUGGCGCUCCGUGGCAUAUCUCUCCGUUGUGCUGCCAGCUCUUGCCUUCGUGGCUCUCUGCUUCUCCCCUGAGAGCCCCACGUGGCUCGCGCGCCGAGGCCGCUUCCACGAAGCCAUGGCUGCCAUAUCACGCCUGCGUGGCGACCCCGAUAUUGCGCAACGCGAACUCCACGAGUUGAUCUCAGCCCGGGAGAAAGAGAAGGCACGGGGUGAAGAGAGCAUCAGGUUCCUGGCCACAGUGAGGCGCGCACCGGUGCUGAAGCCGCUGCUGCUCAUCAACACCUUCAACAUGCUGCAGAUCCUGUCCGGCAGCUACGUCGUCAUCUUCUACGCCGUCGACAUCGUCAAGGACUCGGGCGGCUCUAUGAACCCUCAAGUAAGUAAAGAGAAGGCGCGGGACUGA